AUGGACAUUCUCGACUGUAGCCAUCCAAUCCAAGCAUUCUGCUGCAUCCAAGCUAGCUGUGAAUUCUGGGAUAUUGACCUGGAAGGACGCCCCCCACUGACAAUCGUCGACAAAAUAGUCGUAAUCCUGCGCCUAAUGACCGAAUGGAUUAACCUCGGAUAUGAUGUUUUCAAAAUCACCGUCUCUGACCCUGUGCAAGGCAGAUUGAGUGAGGCGCUCCACGUGUGCUCUGACCACGGCCUCCGUGCAAUCCCCCUCGGCUGCCACGUCCACAAUCCAGUGGCGGUUCGCUCGAUCGCUAUGAAUAGAGCGGCUGGGUACGAGGCCGAGAUGGACGUCAACAACGGCGGCGCGUCGGCGGUGGAGCUGGCGGAGGGGAUAUCCUCUGUUAUCCCGGGAUGGUUCUCGGAGAUAAGCCCAAUGUGGCCUGGGGAAGCUCACUCGUUGAAGGUAGAAAAAGUAUUAUUUAAGGGGAAGUCUGAUUACCAAAAUGUUAUGGUUUUUCAGUCGGCAUCAUAUGGAAAAGUUCUAGUGUUGGAUGGUGUAAUUCAACUCACUGAGAGGGAUGAAUGUGCUUAUCAAGAAAUGAUUGCUCAUCUCCCACUUUGCUCCAUUCCAAAUCCAAAAAAGGUUCUGGUGAUUGGAGGAGGAGAUGGUGGUGUCUUGCGUGAAGUGUCGCGUUAUUCAUCUAUCGAGAAGAUAGAUAUAUGUGAGAUUGAUAAAAUGGUGGUUGAUGUUGCUAAGCAAUUUUUCCCUGAUGUAGCUACGGGGUAUGAUGAUCCCCGUGUGACGUUGCACAUUGGAGAUGGCGUUGCAUUUCUGAAGGCUGUUCCGGAAGGAACUUACGAUGCAGUUAUAGUGGACUCUUCGGACCCAAUUGGUCCAGCAAAGGAGCUGUUUGAAAAGCCUUUCUUUGAGUCGGUAGCGAAGGCUCUCCGGCCAGGAGGGGUGGUGUGUACUCAGGCCGAGAGCAUUUGGCUUCAUAUGGACAUUAUUGAAGAUAUUGUCUCAAACUGCCGCCAGGUUUUCAAAGGCUCUGUCAAUUAUGCUUGGACCUCUGUUCCCACAUAUCCGAGUGGUGUUAUAGGGUUCAUGCUAUGUGCAACCGAGGGCCCCCUAGUUGACUUUAAGCACCCGGUCAACCCAAUAGAUGCCGACAAUAGCCACGUCAAAACUAAGGGCCCACUAAAGUUUUACAACUCAGAGAUCCAUUCUGCGGCUUUCUGCUUGCCCUCGUUUGCCCGUAAGUUGAUCGAUACUGAAUGA